GCACCGCAGUUCUUCCUAGAUUCAUUCCGGAAGUUGCCUACUGAUUACUGAUGAGACAUCAUGUCAUUUUAUAGCUGGAGAAAUCGGUGAGCUGAGGCUUUGGUAUCAGUGAAUGGUGAUUUAAGCUUUAUUGUAACCGGAAAGUCGCUGCUUCAUCCAGCACCGACUCAUCAUGCCCAUCCACAGGAGGCAGGCCAGUAUCGAAAUGCUGGAAAUACUGGGAGUGGUGAAAGAAAAUGGCAAUGAACAGCAAUCACUUCCUCCUGUGCUCACUCCACUGUCAUAUGACUAUGUCCUGGUUGCCAAAAUGAUCAAUGACCAGGAGAGAGAGCGUUUCAGGAAGCAAACUGAAUACAUCGAUGAGCUAAAAAAAAAGAACUUCAAAGUCACAAAAAUUAUAGAUAAUGAGCUCGUCUUCUAUGGGAUUCAAGCGCCUAAGGAAAUAUUUGAGAAGUACAGGUAUCUGCUCAAGGUGUCCGAUGCCUGUAACUGGAGCUCAGAUCAGAGCAUUGUGCCUCUCAGUACAAGGAUUAGGAUUGUGCACUUCAUCUUAGGUCACACCUAUAUCCAUUCAGGAGAGAAUCUGCGGGAGCUUAUAAACAUGAAGGUUUUUGAGACCAAGUUCUGUCUACAUGAGAAAAAGAAACAGAAAGAGCUGAAGGCGAGUUGGGCACGGUGGACAGCCUGUCUCCAAGGGCAACCCAUAACUGCUGUCAGGAACUACUUUGGGGAAAAAGUGGCCUUGUACUUCCUGUGGCUGGGCUGGUACACAUUUCUCCUCAUCCCACCUGCUAUCAUAGGGGUCAUUGUCUUCCUCUAUGGCAUUUCCUACUACAAACACUCACCCCUCCUAAACGAGGUUUGCAACUCCAACGCAACCAUGUGUCCACUUUGCGACAAGGGUUGUAAAGUGUGGCAGCUCAAUGACACCUGCACAUACACCAAGGUGACCUUGCUGUUUGACAAUAACGGCACAGUGUUCUUUGCAAUGUUCAUGGCAAUAUGGGCAACACUGUUUUUGGAGUUCUGGAAGAGACAUAGGGCUUCCUACGUGUGCGAAUGGAAAGUGUCUGAUUGGAGUGAGGAAGAGGAGGAACUGAUCCUGGAAAUUGUGAACGACGUCAAAUGCGAACCAAAACAAUUUAGGCACUCGUAUCUGCGCAGCACUCUGGUUUUGAUCUGUGUCACAGUCAUGAUAUUAGUGAUCAUCGGCCUGACAAGUGCAGUGGUGGUGUUCAGGGUGAUUGCAGCAGAUUUUUUGGCAAAGGACUCAUGGGAGUUCUUGAGCAACCACUCCAACGUGGGAGCGAUGAUGCUCGGGGGUUUCCUCCAUUACUUCAUCAUCACUGUCAUGACACGGGUAAACUGGAUUGUAGCCAGGAGGCUGUGUGACAUAGAGGAGAUAAGGUCAUUUGCUUCCACUGAAAAGAGUUUCACAGUCAAAAUGUUCACCUUCCAGUUCUUCACAUAUUUCACCUCACUGUUUUAUGCGGCCUUCAUUCUUGGCAGGAUAAAUGGCCGUCCUGGGAAUUAUGUAAAAAUUGCAGACCGCUGGAGGCUUGAGGAAUGUCAUCCUAGUGGAUGUCUGACAGACCUGUUCAUCCAAAUGACCAUUAUCAUGGUACUAAAGCAAACCAUUAGCAAUGUAUUUGAGUUCACCGGACCCUGGUUAUGCCGGUUUUGGAAUAGAAGAAGAACCCAGAAGCUACAAAGGAAAUGUGCCCACUGCUAUCUUAAAGAUGAUUCUGAGACCAAAGAUGGAGAUGAACUUUGUGAAAACUGCAAGCUUCGAGACUGGCUAAGCAACUACCGCCUCAAUGAUGUUGAUUCAUUUAGCCUGUUCAGUGAGUUUCUGGAGAUGGUGAUCCAGUUCAGCUUUACCACCAUAUUUGUGGCAGCGUUUCCUCUCGCUCCUCUGUUGGCCCUCCUCAAUAAUGUUGUAGAGAUACGUUUGGAUGCCAUUAAGAUGGUCACGCUUGAGCGGAGAAUGGUUCCCAAGAAAACCAACAAUAUUGGUGUGUGGCUGGAUAUAUUGGAGGCUAUUGGAGUCUUAGCAGUCAUUGUCAACGGCCUGGUCAUUGGUAUAUCCUCGGACUUCAUCCCUCGACUUGUGUAUCGUUAUCGCUACAGCCCAUGUGCCAACGGCACAGCAGCACCAGAUACUGAUUGCAUGGUUGGCUACAUCAAAAACACUCUGUCCACUGCCACAAUGAUUUAUGUAAAUGGUUCAAAUAAAUAUAGUGAAGGCAUCCCUCCUGGCUCAGAUGUGUCCUACUGCAGCUACAAGGACUACAGGAGCAAAGAGGACUACAGUCACACUCAACAGUUCUGGAUCAUUUUAGCUGCACGCUUUGCAUUUGUCAUUUUGUUUGAGCAUGUUGUCGUCAUAUGCAAAUUCAUUGCAGCUGGGUUUAUACCGAAUGCUCCCAUUGAAGUGAAGAAUUCUAGGCUCUUGGAUAAACUCAAGAGACUAAAAGAGGAACUGCAAUCAUUUGAUCAUUUGAUCAUUUGAAGCAUGACUGUGUUAAUGGGACACAUUUUACCCCAACAACAUGAACCCAGUGUUGACCUGUGCAUUAAAGUCUCCAGACUAUCGCAGUGUUGAGGCAACUUCAAGGUCUUUAAUCAUCUCUCUGAGGAGCUCAGAUGGAGGGCUGUGGUUGGACUCUCAUCCAUAAAAUGGACUGUGAACAUAGACUAAUUUAUCUUAAACAAAACCAAUGUACAGCAACUUUUACUAUUACUGACCACAACUUUCAUGAGAUUAUUCUUAUUCUGUAAUAAGAAUGCACCAGUUGCUUGCUGUAGGAUCUCCAUAUAUGUGAGCCUAUCUAAGUGUUUUGUUGAAAGACUGUUGAAAGACUCCAAGCGGGGUGUUGACUGUGUUAUGCCUUACUGUAUUUUUUAAAAAAGCGCUAUGAUGAUUGUUGCUUUACUACAGACAGAAUCUGAUUGUGUAUUUUGUAAUUCAGAUGCGAGAAUGUUUUGCUUUAUAACAUUUUAUAUCAUUAAAUAAAAAAGAAAAAA